AUGAAUCCACUGAGUUGGGAAGAGCAAGCAACUUGCGCAAAAGUUUAGAUUGGGAUACUGCUUUUUUCACCAGUGCAGGACUUCUAGAUCCAGAAGAGUUGUUUAUUAUAAAUAAAGGAUUUGAGAAGGUUGAAGCUGACCUAUUACCCGUAACUCAAGAAGAUCUGUGUAUGUGGAGAUAUGCACACAGAGAAUCUACAUUAGAUAGUGAUGACUUCUCUUUGGACAGCAACCAAAGCACUGAGGUUGAUUUGUUUGAAGAAAUAAGAGCAUCCAUUGAGAAAUCCAAUAUAAUGUCCAAUAUUUGCAAGUCAGUUUGCAAAUCAGGAGUUGGAGAAGCCCACAAAGGGGAAACCCACUCCUUGAAGAAACUUGAUGACAUUUCUCAAAAUAGGGUGAAAUCCACACCAACUUCUCGAAGGCAAAGUGUCUAUAUGCAAGGAUCAAAAAGAGUUAAGGAGGUUGUCCGUCCACAAAUUGUCCAGGCAUGUAUAAAUCGAAGAAAAUGAGAUUAUAUAGUUCCGUUUAGUAUUUAGUAUGCAUAAGUGUUCAUCAUCUCAAUUGCUCAAAUUGAAAGGCUGCAUUAUUAUUUAUAACUUACAAGUUACAAGUUUGUCCAGGCAUGUAUAAAUCGAAGACAAUGAGAUUAUAUAGUUCCUUUUAGUAUUUAGUAUGCAUAAGUUUUCAUCUCGAUUGCUCAAAUUGAAAGGCUGCAUUAUUAUUUAUAACUUACAAGUUACAAGUUUGUCUAGGCAUGUAUAAAUCGAAGACAAUGAGAUUAUAUAGUUCCUUUUAGUAUUUAGUAUGCAUUAGUGUUCAUCUCGAUUGCUCAAAUUGAAAGGUUGCAUU